AUGCAUGAAUUUCCAUUGCCGAGUACUGACCCACCCCUUCACUUUCACUCACAGCGUAUGAAAGCCACCUGCUUCAUUGAGCAUAUCCGCCUUGGUCUUCACACCACCGAACAUCUCCCCACCUCCCUCCCAAGGGAGGAGAAAAUCCUUCAGUCACUAGCCAGUUAUGUGGUUGAAAUGCUUGAGACAGAUGCCCUCUAUGAAAUUGAGAAGGGAAUCAAGAAAUCCCUGAAUGCAAGCUAUGCAACUGCAGACCGAGAUGACCGACGUCGCCUCAAUAUCCAAGCUGAUGCACUCAAGGAACUCUUGUCCAGGGCACACCCCUUUGACAAUUCUAAAGUGGCCACAGAGUGCCAGAUUCUCACACUUGCUACCUCCUCUCAAGCCAUACACUCAAUUUUGAAGAACCUGCCCCGCAUUGAUGUCUAUGAAUGGGUCCGUGGCUUGUAUGCAAUGGUCACACCGCCUGACCUUGUUCAAAAAUCAUCAUCAACAAGGAAGGGCCUUGGAGCACCCUUCUUUCGACAAGGGUCUGCUGCGGAAGUCUGCACUCAAGUCUUCCAGGCAUUGCGAGACCUUUGCCCACACACAUCAUCCUCACAAGGGCAACAGGAGUUCUGCAUUGAGGCUGUUGUCUUUCAGAUGGAUUCAAGACGGAUGUAUCGAUAUCCACAUUCCACCAUGUUUCCCACAGGGAGGUCGAGUCAAUGGGCACAGUAUGAUUCAUGGGUGGACUUGAUAUACCCCAGCAGGAAUGCAAGACGACCUGAUCUGGGAACCAUGUCUGAUCCAGAUCGCCUUGCAGCCUCCAUUGCCAGCACCCAGAUUACAGAGGGAAACCCACAGGCAUCAUGGAACUGGAUUGAUGCAAGGCUUGGUGACCUUACAUGGGUCAUCAAACGUUCUCGACUUCCACUUGACUGGAUCCAGCAAGACAUCUUGAAGGACCCAAUGUCUCAGGAGCUCACGAAUUGGGUCACCGAGAGCUAUGAUAUGUCGGAUGCAAGAUUCCACAUCAGCCUCAUUGCUGCGUUCAUCCUCACUGCAUGGGCUCCCUUCCAUCGGGUCAAACACAAUGAAGAGAAGAUUCCAGCGGAACAGGCAAAGGGUGCAAACAUGGUUGAAUAUGCCAACAGCCUUGUAUGGGAUCGUGAAUAUGGGAAGACUCAAUCAGGGUGGAAAGCAAAGCCACCACUCUUCCACCUCUGGUUGAUAUACAUUUGCGGUAUUUUGGUGGAGGACAGUCCUUGGUGGCGGAGACACGAACAGAAGGCCCGAACUCAGUCCAUCAAACUGGCCUCCCGUACUGCUGAGCAAGGAAAAAAUGCAGAGGUGAUGACCAUGUUCAACACCAAGCUCCAGAGGAAAGGGGUCACCAUUGCUGUCCUUGCCCGACUCCACCUGGUAGAGGCCUGCAAACCUAAUGCAUUCAAGCCUGGAAGUCGCUAUCAGAUGGACUGGAGGCGCCAUCCGAAGGAGGUAUUGGAGUCUAGGCUUGCGACCAUUUCCAAGCACCUAGCCCAACCUCCACACAUGUGCCCUGUGUUCUGUGCAGUGCGAUAUUUCUUGGGUGAUGAGUGCCGUUCCCUUCACAUUGUGGAGUCUUUCCGAGUACCACCCAUGAAGGAGCGAGUGCCCUCCACUUCUUUGGCACACAAAGCUUCAGAGGCAUCCCUCCGUGCUGAUUCUGAGUCAUCAGAAGAUGAAGCAGAGAAUCCUGGGCUGAGUGCGCGUCCUAGGAAACGUUGCCGGGUUCUGUAA